GCCCUUAUUUACUGUGUACACACAUGCUCUAUUUUAUGUCAACACACGCGCACAGUCACUAUGGUGACGAAACCACGUCGCUUUUCCGAGAUGCCUUCAAGGUCAUCCGUUCAUGAGCCAUUUCCGACCCUGAACGCACCACAUCCCCAAGAACAGGAAGACGCGAUGAGUUCAUUUUCUUUGGCGUCGAACUUUGCUCCCUUUUUUCCGGUUCUUUGAGCGCAAGUACAAGAGAAGACCCUGAACGCACCACAUCCCAAGAACAGGAAGACGCGAUGAGUUCAUUUCGAACUUUGCUCCCUUUUUUUCCGGUUCUUUGAGCACAAGUACAAGAAAAGACUUCCCGUGCUGAGCGAUGGCCGGCGUCCAGAUCCGGAAGUACUGCGAGGACGACGCGGAGACGGUGAAGGAGCUCUUCACGCUGGGCAUGAGCGAGCACGUGCCCGCGUCCUUCGUGCACCUCCUCAAGCAGCCGCUCACCCAGAUGGUGCUCAUGGUCACCUUCUGCGCCCUCCUGACCAGCUCCAAGUCCUUCCUGCUGCCCGUCCUCGCCGUCACGCUGCUGAUGGCCGCCGCCCGCCAGCUGGUGGUCCACAUGUUCAAUAGCUACAUCGAGACGUCGUUCAAGCUGGACCUGGACAGCAUCGGCGAGACCUACAUGGCGGGCAAGGACUCCUGCUUCUGGGUGGCGGAGAGCGACGGGCGGGUGGUGGGCAUGGUGGCCUGUCUGCCCAGCCAGAGCGCCCCCGGCUGCCUGGAGCUGAAGCGCAUGUCCGUGCGGCGCAGUCACCGCGGCAGGGGCGUGGCCAAGGCGCUGUGUCGGACGGUGUCGGACUUUACCCGCCGGCGAGGCUACGCCGCCGUCCUCCUCUACACCUCCGUGGUCCAGACGGACGCUCAGAAGCUCUACGAGCACAUGGGCUACGACAAGGUGCGGCAGUUUGUCCUUCCUGAGGUCGCCCACAAGCUCAUUAACUUCUCCCUCUUGGAGUACAGACUGGAUUUGCAGAAAGACAAGAAAGGGAACUGAGGGAAAAAACUUCCACAGAACUGUGCCGCGACUCACAUGUUGUCAAUCACAUUCAAAUGGGAAUUUAUAUGACACAAUCCAAACAACCUUCCCUAGUCAUGGUGCAAAAAAAAAUCUACAUAAAAGUCAACACACAUGGUCACACAUAACACACCCUAAACAUUGUGAAUAUUAUGAAAAAUGUCCAAACACUACAAAAAAAUUCAAAAUCACACCCAUUUAAAUCCAUUACAGUGCAUGAUGGGGAAAAAUGCAAAACACUCAUAAAACACAACUUAUAUGAUACAAUCCAAACAACCUUCCCUAGUCAUGGUGCGCAAAAAAUCUACAUAAAAGUCAACACACAUGGUCACACAUAACACAACCUAAAUAUUGUGGAUAUUAUGACAUCCAAACACCAUAAAAAUAAUUCACAAUUACACCCGUUUAAAUCCGUUAAGAGUGCAUGAUGGGGAAAAUGCAAAGCAUUCUUAAAACACAAUUUAUAUGACACAAUCCAAACAACCUUCCCUAGUCAUGGUGCAAAAAAAAAAUCUACAUAAAGGUCAACACACAUGGUCACACAUAACACAACCUAAACAUUGUGAAUAUUAUGAAAAAUGUCCAAACACUACAAAAAAAUUCAAAAUCACACCCAUUUAAAUCCAUUACAGUGCAUGAUGGGGAAAAAUGCAAAACACUCAUAAAACACAACUUAUAUGACACCAUCCAAACAACCUUCCCUAGUCAUGGUGCACAAAAACCUACAUAAAAGGUCAACACACAUGGUCACACAUAACACACCCUAAACAUUGUGGAUAUUAUGAAUAACGUCCAAACACCAUAAAACUUUUCUAAAUUGUGCCCAUUUAAAGCCAUUAGAGUGUAUGGUGGGAAAAAUGCAAAACACAAUUUAUAUGACACAAUCCAAACAACCUUCCCUAGUCAUGGUGCACAAAAACCUACAUAAAAGGUCAACACACAUGGUCACACAUAACACACCCUAAACAUUGUGGAUAUUAUGAAAAACGUCCAAACACCAUAAAAAAAUGUCUAAAUUGCGCCCAUUUAAAUCCGUUACAGUGUAUGGUGGGAAAAAUGCAAAACACAACUUAUAUGACACAAUCCAAACAACCUUCCUUAGUCAUGGUGCAAAAAAACACUUAAAGGUCAACACACAUGGUCACACAUAACACAACCUAAACAUUGUAGAUAUUAUGAAAAACAACCUUCCCGAGUCAUGGUGCACAAAAACCUAUAUAAAGGUCAACACACAUGGUCACAUGUAACACAACCUAAACAUUGUGGGUUUUAUGAAAAACGUCCAAACACCAUAAAACGUUUCUAAAUUACACCCAUUUAUAUAAUCCGUUUUGGGAAAAAUGCAAAACAGUCUUAAAACACCACUUAUGACACAAUCCAAACAACCUUCCCUAGUCAUGGUGCAUAAAAAACCUACAUAAAGGUCAACACACAUAGUCACACAUAACACAAGCUAAAUAUUGUGGAUAUUAUGAAAAACGUCUAAGCACCAUAACAAAAUUACACCCAUUUAAAUCCAUUAGAGUGCAUGAUAGGGAAAAAUGCAAAAUAAACUUAAAACACACGUUAUAUGACACAAUCCAAACAACCUUCCCUAGUCAUGGUGCAAAAAAAAACCUACAUAAAGGUCAACACACAUGGUCACACAUAACACACCCUAAACAUUGUGGAUAUCAUGAAAAACGUCCAAACACCAUAAAACUUUUCAAAAUUACACCCAUUUAAAUCUGUUUUGGGAAAAAUGCAAAAUAAUCUUAAAACACAAUUUAUAUGACACAAUCCAAUAACCUUCCCCUAGUCAUGGUGCAAAAAACCCUACAUAAAGGUCAACACACAUGGUCACACAUAACACAACCUAGAUAUUGUGGAUAUUAUGAAAAACGUCUAAGCACCAUAACAAAAUACACCCAUUUAAAUCCAUUAGAGUGCAUGAUAGGGAAAAAUGCAAAAUAAACUUAAAACACACGUUAUAUGACACAAUCCAAACAACCUUCCCUAGUCAUGGUGCAAAAAAAAAACCUACAUAAAGGUCAACACACAUGGUCACACAUAACACACCCUAAACAUUGUGGAUAUUAUUGAAAAACGUCCAAACACCAUAAAACUUUUCAAAAUUACACCCAUUUAAAUCUGUUUUGGGAAAAAUGCAAAAUAAUCUUAAAAUACAAUUUAUAUGACAUAAUCCAAACAACCUUCCCUAGUCAUGGUGCAAAAAAAAAACCUACAUAAAUGUCAACACACAUGGUCACACACAACACAACCUAAAUAUUGUGGGUAUUAUGAAAAACGUCCAAACACCAUAAAAAUUUUCAAAA